UUUGCUAAAAUUCGGAUUCGAUGCGAAUCGAAUUUUUCCUGAAAUUCGAAACGAAUUCCACUUCGCCAGCCGGCAAAAAGUGUCCCUGCAGAGAGCUCCGCUAUUUCUGACAGUUCUCUGACAGUUCCUUCACAUGUACAGCGGUUGAAACAUUGUAUCUAUUUGUUUCCAUUUAGGAUACAGAUGUUUUUUAUUCGGAAACAGAUACAAUGUUUCAACCGCUGUAAAUGUGAAGGAACUGUCAGAGAACUGUCAGAAAUAGCGGAGCUCUCUGCAGAUACACUUUUUGCUGUACUGGAAUACUUCUUCUUUUCAUUCUUCUUUUCAUUCUUCUCAUUCUUCUUUUCAUUCUUCUUUUUAUUC